ACUCAUGGCAUAUGAAGUCUAUAAUCAACAUCAGGUUGGAGAGCCUGUGGUGGAAGUAGCAGUGGUACAGCGCAUGAUGAUUCCCAACCCACCCACCCGCUGUGCUUACUGUUCGAGAAGUGCGGCUCCUGGGACCAAGCUACGACGCUGUACCAAGUGCUUUAGAGCUGGGUAUUGUCACCAGGCCUGCCAGAAGAAUCAUUGGUUAAAUCAUAAGGUACACUGCAAGCUGGUACCAGAGCCAGUGGGUUGCCCCUUUAUCCUGUCUCUACCGGAAAGCCAUGCCACCUACUCCCGCUUAACAAGAAUCAUGGAAGCCUAUGCUCGUUACUCGGUCGAUAUCUUCCAGCCUCCUGUUUCUCAUGAUUCAUCCACAGAGGGAGUGCCUCAAGUAUAGACCUGUCAAAUGAAGAAAAUGAUGACAU